UGGUUUAAAGCCUAGAUUUUCAACUUAAAACCCUAUCAGGUUUUUUUCUGCAGUAUCAGGCAAGGAGGCAUGAAGCGUAAAGCAGAAUCAGACGAAACCGUCGUUGGCGAAGCAGAAUCCCAAGAGCCUACGAGCGGCGAAGCUUUCGCAGCCAAGCGGAAGAAAAAUAACAAGCAUAACGCUGCUCGGGGAGGACCAGCAGAAGAAGUGGAGGAGAAUAAUGAGGAGAAAGAAGCAGAAGAGCAUUUGUCCAUCCUCGAACUCCGCGGUGACGGUGAUGUCUGCCGUGUCCUCAUGGAGCGCUAUGCACGGUCCUCCGCACAGCAGCAUCGCCAUCUCUGCGCCACAGCCGCCGCUAUGCAGUCCAUCCUCUCAGAGGAAGGUCUCCCUCUUACGCCUCCAGCAUACUUCGCCGCCGCCAUUACGGCGCUUCGUGACGCUGAUCGGUGGGACCGGGAAGGUGUUGCUGCCCUCUCUGCUUUUUUGGCCAUCGUGCUCCCUCUUCUCCCUUCAGAGUCCUUGCCAAAGCCCCGGGCUAAAGAUGCGGCGUUUGUUAUUGUUUCAUUCCUGAGGGAUCCCUCCGCUGGUCUAUCUACCGGUACCUUGCGGUCUAUGGUGAAGUCAUUGGGUCUAGUGGCGCUGAGGUUGGAUUUGGAAGACUGGUCUUCCAUUGAAUUGCCUCUUGAGACUCUGCUACUGUUUGCAGUGGAUAAACGUCCAAAGGUUCGCAGAUGUGCCCAAUCAUGUCUUGAAGAGUUUUCAAAAAAUUGUCGUAGUUCCUCCAUUGUCAAAAAGACUAGCAAAGUUGUACAUCGGAUGCAUAGAAAGUAUAUUGCGUUGGUGAAAAACUCCUAUUCAAUUGAACCUACAAAUGCAGCUCUGAACAACACCACGUCCAAACCUGAGCAUUUGGAAGCCCUCCGCAUGCUAAAUGUUCUGAAUACUAUGCUUCCAUAUAUUUCCGAUAAAAUUAGAAUGAAAAUUUUGUCUGAUUCCUAUGAACUACUUGGCUGCCAUUUUUCAUGGCCAACUAGACACAUUCUAAGAAUUUUUGAAGCGUUGCUGGAGCAGUCUGAUGUUGAAGUUCUUGUCCCCAAAGCAGAAAACGUCAUAUCUGCUCUUACAUCAUAUGUCUCCUCUGCUGAAAAGAAUCCUGUAGAUACUAUUGUUUCUGCAUCUUCAUUGUUGAAAAAUGUUUUAAGGAAAUUUGGAGAUGUAUUUCCAACCAUGUGGAUAAGAUACCUUCCUCUUGUCUUCACUUCUCUUAUAGGAUAUUUGGGAUCUGAUUCUGAUACUUCGAAGCUUGUUGCUGAUAUUCUGAAAGAAUUGAUAAACUUUCAUAUAAAUCAGAGCCUUUUCAGGUUGGGCAAAGGUCAAUCAGACAACUAUAAGAUAGAGAGUAGUCCUGAAGCAGCUGCAGUUGCUUCUAUUUGCAGCGUAUCCGAUAAAAUGCUAAAAAAGUGCAUUUUUCCUACUGAGCAUAUGUUGGAAGUCAUGUCUGUUUUGUUUCUCAAACUCGGUGGGUCCUCAAUUUUUUUCAUGAAGGAAAUUUUGCUCAGAUUAGCACAAUUUGCACUCAACGUAGAUGAGGAGAAACCUAAAAUGAAGCAUCUAGAGCAGUGUCUUGGGGCAGCUGUGAUUGCAGUGGGUCCUGAGAAACUGCUUUCAUUGGUGCCCAUAGCUAUUGAUAUGGAUAAAUCGACCUUUUCUAAUUCAUGGAUCAUACCUAUUUUGAAGAAAUAUGUAGUUGGAGCAUCCCUACAAUAUUUUAUGGAUAGUAUUGCUCCUCUGGCAAAGUAUAUUCAGGAAUCAUGUAAAAAAGUUAAGAAAGAAUCCAUACGGAAGAGUCUGCAGUCAUGUUUCCAUAGCCUAUGGGAUCUUCUUCCUGCCUUCUGUCGGUAUCCAAUUGACAUAUCAGAAAAAAUUGAAUCAUUGUCCUUGCUUUGUGUGGUUGUUCUGAAGGAAGAGCCAUCUUUACAUGAAAUCAUAGCUUCUGCUUUGCAGGUGCUUGUCCACUCAAACAGAGAUGACAUUCGACAUUGUGUAGAUGAACCAAUGAGCAUUUUUUCUCAAAAUUUUGAUAUGGAAUUCAGAAGUUUUUGCUAUUCAAGGGAAGUUGCUUCUAAGAACAUGAAGGCAUUGGCCUCGAGGUCAAUGGAAUUGUUUCAGAUUCUCAAAGAUAUAUUCUUUGAUUCCCCAGAUAAACGUGAAUGCACUAAGGAUGCUCUUGGAUCCCUCGGUUUCAUCAUUCCAAGUGAAUAUAUAAGGAACUUUUUUCUUUCAGAAUUGAAAAUUGUUGAAAAUUCUAGUAUUUUAACAGAUUCUGAGAGUUUAUAUGAUCACGUUCAAGAAGAAAACAGAAGGGUUGGUGAGGCCAAAGCAGUAUUGGAGAAAAAUGAAGAAAGGAGCCGUUUAGUGAUGGAGCUUGCAUCUUCUUUUGUUGAGGCAGCAGACACUGAUCUUACUAAUAUAAUAUUUGAUCUUGUUAGAUCUUCUUUAUUGGAUAUCAAUGGUGUAUGCCAAUGUGAAGCUUACUUAACUUUAAGUAGAAUUUUGAAGGAGAAGGAUUUCUAUAAUUCUGCACAACUUGAUGAGGUGAUUGAGCUGCUUUUUAGUGUGAAGCCACCUGUUGAUGCCAGCAGCCUGAAGAAUCGCUUUUUGUGCUUUGAUUCUUUGUUAGUUUACAUUUUAAAGAGCCAUGCGGCUGACAUGAAUACUAAAGCAUUUUUUAUUUUGAAUGAGAUUCUGCUCACACUUAAGUCCAAGAAGGAAUCCAGAAAGUUGGCAUACGAUUCACUGAUAACUAUAAGUGCUAAAUUGAAGACUCCUGAUCCUGAUAAUGCUGAUUCAGAUCUUUUGCGUCUUUUUAGUAUGGUAGGUCACAAUCUUUGAUAGCUUUCAAUUGUU